AUGAAAGAACGACCGGCAGCCGAAAAUGCUUUAGCUACCAUCGGGGCAGUUUUGUGGAUGGUACAAAUCUUACCUCAAAUAAUCAAAUCACAUCGAUCGAAAUCUACUACGGGUCUCUCAGCCGGAUUGAUGUUUAUAUGGGCAUUAGCAUCUUUAUUCCUCGGAUCCUAUUUAGUUGCUCAGAGAUUAUCGAUCCCAUUACAAAUCCAACCUCAAGCAUUUGGAGUAUUAGCAGCAGUAUCAACUGGACAAAUAUUAUAUUACUCUCAUAAUUGGUCAAAAAAGAAAGCGAUUUGGUUUUUCGUUAUUUUCUGCGUUAUCUUUGCUGGAUUCGAAGCUGGAAGUGUUUAUGCUCUUUGGGCAGGUCAAGAUAACGGCGUCAAUUGGCCCAUACAAAUGUACGGAUACAUAUCUGCUGUAUUGUUAGCAGCUGCAUUAGGUCCACAAUUUUAUGAAAUCUGGAAAUUUAAAGAAGUACUUGGAAUCUCAAUGUUAUUUAUGAUUGUAGAUACUUUAGGAGGAGUGUUCUCUUUGGCCAGUUUAUUCUGUAGAGCAGAUCUUGAUAUAGCUGGAGCUGUAUCAUAUGCCCUCGUAGUAGUAUUAGACAGUAUAGUCGUCAUCCUAGCUUUGAUCCUCAAUCCGUUAGCUAAACGACGUAGAGUCAGGGAAGGUAAACCUGCAAAUGUACACGAAGCUUUGAGUUUGGAAGCGGCAGCUGAACAAGGUCAAGGCCAACUCCCUCCUCCCACUGCCGCUGGAGAUGGCAUGGGCGAAGGCUUAGGUCGGAGUGUAUCUUCUCAGAGAGAGCAAGAGAAGAGGGGAAAAAGUCCAUCUGGCAAUGACAAUGCGAUUACGGAGGAAGGAGCUGAUUCGCAAAGCACGAUAGUCAAUUCAUCGUCUGGAUCAGCAGGUGUGGAAAAGUAA